CCAAACCUUGUCAAGCAAGAUCUGGUGCCAGUGGUGGCAGCUGAAGCCAGGUGGCAGGAGCCAUGAGCGGCCGAGUCGGGGAUCUGAGUCCACAGCAGCAGGAGACGCUGGCCAGGUUCCGUGAGAACCUCCAGGAUGUGCUGCCCACCCUGCCCAAGACUGAUGACUGCUUCCUUCUGCGCUGGCUACGAGCUCGGAACUUUGACCUAAAGAAAACUGAGGACAUGUUGCGGAAGCAUGUGGAGUUCCGGAAACAGCAGGACCUAGACCACAUCCUCACAUGGAAGCCAUCAGAGGUGAUCCAACUCUAUGACUCGGGUGGCUUGUGUGGUUAUGACUACGAAGGUUGUCCUGUGUGGUUUGACAUCAUCGGGACCCUAGACCCCAAGGGUCUCCUCCUGUCGGCCUCCAAGCAGGAGUUGAUCCGGAAGCGGGUCAAGGUCUGUGAACUGCUUCUGCAUGAGUGUGAGCUACAGAGUCAGAAGUUGGGCAGGAAGAUUGAGAGGAUGCUGAUGGUAUUUGAUAUGGAGGGACUGAGCCUGAGGCACCUGUGGAAGCCAGCUGUGGAGGUCUACCAACAGUUUUUUGCCAUCUUGGAAGCAAAUUAUCCGGAGACAGUGAAGAAUUUGAUUGUUAUACGAGCCCCUAAGCUUUUCCCAGUGGCCUUCAACCUGGUCAAGUCAUUCAUGGGUGAAGCAACACAAAAGAAGAUUGUGAUUCUGGGAGACAAUUGGAAACAGGAGCUUCUCAAGUUCAUGAACCCCGACCAGCUGCCUGUGGAGUUUGGGGGGACAAUGACUGACCCUGAUGGCAACCCCAAGUGUCUGACCAAGAUCAACUAUGGGGGUGACGUGCCCAAGAGCUACUACCAGAGAAAUCAGGAGCGGUUACAGUAUGAGCACACGGUGGCCGUGGGCCGUGGCUCCUCCCAGCAGGUGGAGAACGAGAUCCUGUUCCCAGGCUGUGUGCUCAGGUGGCAAUUUGCUUCAGAUGGUGGAGACAUUGGCUUUGGGAUUUUCCUGAAGACCAGGAUGGGGGAGCGGCAGAAGGCUGGGGAGAUGACAGAGGUGCUAUCUAGCCAACGGUACAACGCACACAUGGUCCCUGAAGAUGGGAGCCUCACCUGCCUCAAGGCUGGAGUCUAUGUCCUGCGCUUUGACAACACCUAUAGCCUGCUACACACCAAGAAAGUCAGCUACACGGUGGAGGUGCUGUUCCCAGACAAGGAUUGUGAGGAGAAGCUGCAGGGUCUCAAGAGGACGAGACCCUCCUUGGGGCAAUGAAGACCCUGGCCACCUCUGCCCCUGCUCCCUCCAACUCCUUCAGACACCCUCCCUGCCCCCUGACUUCCAGGCAGAGUGGUACUGAAGGUAGCUACAGAGAGCCACUUUCCCCUGUCUCCACAUGAGCCCCCUGGUAGGCCCACUUGGCACAGUGGUCCAGCAGGAAAUUCAGACCAACAUCUCAUCCCCUGUACCUGGAGAAUGGGGCUGAGGAUGCCCACACAUCUACUGAGGAAGGACCAUG